AGAAAGCCAUUGCAGGUGGAGAAAUUCUCAAACAAUUGCAUGUCAUGAAAAAGGAAAUUAUAAAAAAAUGUGGUGGUCUACCACUGGCUGCAAGUGUAAUGGGAGGUUUAUUGCGCAUGAAGAGAAAAGAGGAGUGGCAAUUGGUUUUGAAGAAUAAGCUUUCAAAUUUCAGUGGAGAUGAAGAUGGUGUCAUGGAAAUACUUAAAUUGAGUUUUGAUUGUUUACCAUCUCCAUCCAUUAAGAAAUGUUUUGCAUAUUGUUCUAUAUUUCCUAAGGAUACUAUGAUGAAAGGAGAUAUACUAAUCGAACUUUGGAUGGCAGAAGGUUUGCUCCAAGCAGAUGUCAACAACCAAAUGAUGAUGGAGGAAAUUGGAAUGAAUUGUCUGAGAAUUUUAUUACAGAGUUCGUUGUUUGCAGAAACCAAAAGUUAUCAGGAAACACGUUAUUAUAAGAUGCAUGAUCUAGUGCACGACCUCGCAGAGUCAAUGUCAAAGUCUACUAAAGUUAUUAACAAUAUUCGUUACCUUGCGGUAGAUUUAUCUGGUGGCAGAGAAGAAAAAGAAAAACUUUUGGAAAGUCUAUCAACUUCGCUUCGUACAUUGUUUGUAAAGGGUGACCUAUCUGGUGAUAUGUUAAUGAAGUUGAAGAACUUGUAUGUUUUGAAUUUGUCUCAUGCAACAACUCAAGAGCUACCGAUCACUAUUGGCAAAUUGACACAUUUGCGAUAUGUUAACCUUUCGAGUUCUAGAAUCUGUAUUUUGCCAGACUCCCUUUGCAAGCUUUAUAAUUUGCAGACAUUGGCACUAGAUAGCAUGUAUGUCAAAGAUCUUCCGAAGGGGAUGUGCAAUUUGAUUAGCUUGAGACAUCUCUACUUUUACACCUUUGAUGAAAAAUUUCAAAUGCCGCUAGAGAUGAGACGACUAUCUUGCCUUCAGACACUAGAGUUCUUUAAUGUGGGUCGAGAAAAGGGUCGACAAAUUGAAGAGCUUGGAUGCUUGAAAAACCUCAAAGGCAGUUUAAGUAUACGCAAUCUUCAACUAGUAAAGGAUAGGAAAGCGGCUGAGGAAGCAAAUCUAUUUGGAAAGGCAAAUCUAUUUAGGCUGAUACUUGUGUGGGCCUUGGCUUGGGAUCGAGAAGGUGACAACUACAACUACGACAAAGAUGUGUUAGAUGGCCUUAAGCCUCAUCCAAAUUUGGAGGAGUUGGUAAUUCAGCGUUUUAUGGGUGAUCAAUUUCCUCGAUGGUCAAUGGAUUUGCCAAUAACACUUCCCAAGUUAGCGCGUUUGGAGUUUUAUUAUUGCCACAGAUGCAGAGAACUCCUUCCCUUGCAAAACUUUACGUUUCUUAAAGAGCUGGUGAUUUGGUUUUGCCGUGGGUUAACGAGUCUACCCAGUGACAUGCUACAGUCUUGUAUCUCUCUCCAAAAGCUUCAGGUGGCUUAUUGCGACAAGCUUAUCUCCUUUCCGCUUGAUUUGCAACAAACGCCUUCUCUUUUGGAGUUGGAAUUAUACGCGUGUCCCAAACUGAAAACAAGUAUGAUGCCCAAAGGAUUUGGUUUCCUACCCAGCUUAAAUCGCCUUGAAAUUGGUCCCUUCUCAGAUGAUGAUGACCAUGAAAAUUCUUCAAUUUACAAUGAAUUUGAUUGGUCUGGAUUGAUAUCCUUCUCCUCUUUGUCAUCCAUACUAUGUGACCUAGAAUUAUUUGGGUUGCCACACAUGGAGUUCCUACCACAUCAGAUCCAAUACUUGACCACUCUCACGUCACUUCGGCUACAUGACUUUGGAGGUAUAAAAGCUCUGCCAGAUUGGUUCGGAAACUUUGCUGCUCUUGAAUACCUAUGUUUAUUUGGUUUCAAAGAGCUUCGACAUUUACCCUCUGAGGAUGCCAUGAGAAGUCUCACCAAACUAAAAGUUCUACUGGUUUAUGGUUCUCCUCUGUUAAAAGAAAAGUGCACUCCUGAGAGCAGCGGCCUCGACUCCCAGUGGUCCAAAAUUUCUCAUAUUCAACUCCUAUUAAUAAGCGAUUAACAGUUCAUCUUCAGAUCAAAUUCAAUCAUUUUUCAUAGAUGGUUGUAGAUUCGUCGAUGGCUCGUGAUUCAAGAUUGAGCUGGAUCUCAGCCAUUGAAUUGGGGAGUAACUUGUUUUUACUUUUUCUUCUUCGCUUUCCCUACACAUUGAGGAAAAUGUGUAUGUUAAGUGUGGGGGAGGAAAUGCUGUUAAGUAGGAGUCACUUUGGUGCUUAUAUGGUAAAUGCUUGGAUAUGAUAUUAGAAAUUUGUCUUGUGCUUAAAAUUGUUGGCUUUUGGGUUUGCCGGCAGGAAGUUUCAUCCAAUUUUAAAGAGAAACUCUGUCAAAAUUUUUUCAAAAUCUUGUCCAAAUUUCAAAAUUUGCCCCAAGUCUUUCACAAAUUGUUCAUUUAAAUCCACAAGUGCAAGAAGUUCAUGUCCCUUUUGUUUUAAAAUUCUCCUAUACAAGUGAGAUGAUUUUAGUAAUUGAACAAUUCAAUUCUCACUUGACUUGGAAACAAUUAUAAUAUGACUAGAAUUAUUGCAUGUAAGAAAGUAUAUAUUGUAAAAUAAAGAAAAUUAUGCCUACAUUUUGCAUAGUAAAUGAAAUCUCUCAUCUUACUUAUUUUUACAAGUAAUUGAUUUAUAUAGUUGCUAGAAUAUUUUUCUUCCAAAUGUGACCUUAUUGAGGGAUUUUAUGGUAAAAAUAUUCAAUAAAUUUUUAUACUGAGUAACCGAGAGUUUUAUCUACAAAUAUCGACUUUCGCGUCAAAAGGUAUUGGAAUUGGGAGUAAUAAGUGAAGUUUUGAGUAACCGGAAAUCUUCAUCUAAAAAUAUCAAUCUUCGUCAAAAGGCAUUUUCACAAUUUUAAGAGUAAAUAAAAGAAAAAAGAAAGUGAAUAGUUCCCUCUUAAGGUUUGUGAAGCUAAACAUCUCAUUUAGAAGGAAGAAAAUCUCCAAGGUAACUAUAUAUGUUAGUUAUUUGUGAAAUUAGGUAAGAUAGAGAGAUUAAAUUUGUUUGGUUGAAUUUUGAGUGUAAUUAUCUCUCUUUUACAUGAUAUGAUGAGUAUUACGGUUAAUAGGAAAAAAUUGCAUAAUCAAAGCUUGCCAAAGUUAAGAGAGAUUGAGUUUCAAGUUCACUUGAUUCAUUUCACUUCUUAAAUUAUUGCUGGUUUGUAUUUUUUAUUGCUCGAGGACAAGCAAUGAUUUAAGUGUGGAGGAAUUAUAUGAAAAAAACUAAAAAGUUACCGUGGUUAUUCUUCACAAUUUUCUCUUCUUCCUUUUUCUCGUCCUAUUUAUUAUCUUUCAAAGCUGCGGCAUUAGCAUUUCUUGCCAAGUUCAAAAUACCGUGCUUCUCAUUUACUCCUAACAACAUAAUACUCUUGUAACCGUCGAUUAACAUGAAACCAAUCACCUAUCCUGUUCUGUGCUUUGAUGUAUUACUAUAACUCUGUUAAUAUUCUGUUCCACACUUUGUUUUUGUAGGAUUGACAGAACAAUAGCUUCACGAAAUUAUCUAAAUUGUUUUGUUAGAUCUCUUGUUUACUACAUAAUGUCUGAGCUUGAAUUUUCUAUUUUGCAGUGAUCUUAGGCUCAAGGUUUAAGUGGAUAUCUCCAUUGGCCAUUAAUUACUCAUUGAAUUGCAAGGCCAGUAGCUUGGACAAAAAUAUUUAUGAUGGCAAUUUUUCUUUCGUAUCGGUGCCUUAUAAAGCCAGCACUUGAUAUCCUUGUUGUCGGAGCUUGCACAUUGUCUAUCUGCCUUUUCAGUCACGAGGUCCAGCAAAAGUUUUCUGUCUGUGUUUUGAUUGCUCAAUGACUGUCAGCUGGCCUGUACAAUCUACUGGGAAAAAAUUUCUUGCCCCAGCUUAUCAGAUGUUUUUGAAGAGCCAUCAUUACCAGGACUUUUUGAUGAUCUUUAUUGGCAGUUUGAUGACCAUUACUAGAGAAAUAGAUUGACCAUUAAGAGGUUUUGCAAACUUUCGAGUGUUAUCGCAAGCCAUGAAGACAAUGGUCAAUCAAGGGGUUUUCGCAUCAUCGCUUUGGUGUUUUGGUUCAAAUUUCUGAUAUUGCCGAGGUAGCCGAGGACGAUGUACUGUUCAUGCAAUGAAGUUGCACAAAACUUGGUACUUGGUGGAGUAUCUUCCAACAUGGUCAAGUUUAAGCAGGAUGUUUUGAAGCCUUUCAAAAGCUAGUCAAGUCUACUUGUUGCAACUUGCUGCUCUUAGUGAAUCCACCUUGAACUGUCCAAAUGAUUCAGCAAUUUGUAGUCACAAUAAUGAGGGGCUGAUUUACUUGUAACUGAAUUAGCUAUCUCUGGCAUACUGCUCGUCGUUAGAAAUUAGAACUAGCUGGUGUUUUGGUUGCAGUUAUAUGCGGAUUUUGCUGUGACUUAAUGGCUCAUUUUCUGAGUUCCACCACAUAGAUCUCAAUCGUUAAUUGUGCUAUCUUAUAAGCUGUGAAUUAUGGAAGUAAAUUGGCAAUUUGGGAAAUUAUGCAACUGUUAAACUUUA